GUCAUUGGUUUUACACAGGCGUUACGUGAACUAAAUGAUACUGAUAAAAUUCGCGUAAAUGCUGUUGCUUCCGGAUUUGUCAAUACUCGUUUGGUGCAAAACAUGAUCAAGGAAACGCCUAUAACUAAGCAAACAAUCGAGAAAUUUGGAUUUGUUUCCAUUGAUGAAGUGAUAAAUGCUUAUAUAGCAAUCAUUGAAGAUGAUAAACUCGCAG